UCGGAGUCGGGACAGAGUGCCGAGUGUGUGGAGUGUUUUGGUGUUUUGGAUGUCGGGUAUUUAAAUUUGUAGUAGAUGCUAUUAUUUAACAUGAUAAAAUUUCAGUAUGUCAAGUCAAUAAUGUGCAUAAAUGUACCAAUUAUUUCCUUUUUGUUAUUUCAAGAACUGAAGGUCUUUAUUUAAAUUACAGUAUGCAAUGUUAUUAAAAUUACUUAACCUCUAAAAUUGCUCUAUAAUGCACUUUCGGUGUAUCAGAUUGAUUCAGCUAGUAGGGUCACAUGCGGUCAUACCGAGUAAACAGUUACCCAGGCAAAGAUUGUCCCAGAUGAAUUCUGCAAGAUCAUUAUAUUCUACAUCCAGUCUAGGAUUUAGAAAUAAACAGAAUUUAUGUAACAUGAGAUAUCAACUUCAGAAGAGCUUUAACUACACAUCAAAUGUUAUGUUCUUGUUGUUUUUUAAUAGUCUGAAAAACAUUCCAGAAGUUUUAAAGAGACACUCAGUGAAGAUUGUACAGAACUGUGUCCAAAGUUGUGAGUAUGUUUUGGCCCACAGAAUUCGGAGAAGUCAUCAAAUGCUGUGUUUGUACUCAACUCUGUGGGGUGAAAUUCCUUUGUAUCAAUUUGUUCGUAGAUUAAAAGCUCAACUUCAGAAACGUAAACAUUUGUUAUUGUUAGGUUCAGGUUUUGUUUCUGCCUAUGAUUGGAAUAAGGAACGCAUACCAGAUGAAGAUAUAUUAAAGUAUUCAGCAGAGAUGAGCCUAGUAGAGUUUUUAAGAGACAAGAGGAAAGCUUGUCUGAAAGGCAACAGCCGACCUGCUGAUUGUACCUGUUCCGUGUGCUCUGCAACUGAUUCAGAUAGUCUUUACGCAGAGUGGCAGUCAUUCGUAGAAGAAGAUGAUAUUGUGGUUUGGAAGAGAGAAGACAUCAAUCAUCGGGGCCAAGGUCUUUACUGUUACAAAAUGUAUGCGCGAUACGGAGAUGUGACUGCAUAUGACUUCCUGGAGGCUCAGGUGGACCUGGAGUACAGGCAGUCGUGGGACACUCAUGCGGUGGACUUGAGGCUCAUUGACUCCGAGCCAGCAACCAACAGUGAUGUCAUCUACUGGGAGACCAAGUGGCCUAAACUAUUCAGCAACAGAGACUACGUGUUCAAGCGUCGCUAUAGAAUAGACAAGAAGAGGAAUCUGAUCUACUUAGUGAAUCGAAUUACAGAACAUCCAUCCUGUCCCGUGGUGCCAUCCAAGCAGAGAGUCUCUGAGUACUGGUCGUACAUGAUCAUUAAGCCACAGACUACUUUUGACAAGCCUGGUAUAGAAUUCAGUUUGACUUACUUUGACAACCCUGGACUGAAUGUGCCUUCCUCGCUCACUUUCUGGGUGACUGUUUCAGGUAUGCCGGACUAUCUGAAGAAAUUAAGGCUAGCUGCUCUGGGCGUAGCAAAGCGGCGUGGGAAUGCGCCAAGCCCUCUAGCUAGCCGAGACAGCAGCGUGUGCGCGGUUGAAGCUGCCAUGACCCUCGCGCAUGUUCAGCAAGUCUCCUCAACCGCCACGCUACUGGAGAGCCUCAGAGCCACGCUCUUCUUGUUUUAACAGACAAUUGAGCAGUAUGAGUUGUUUCUUCUAGUCAUCAUCAAGUCAUUAUAACCCAGCAUUUAUUCAAGUUGGUGUUAAUUUCCAACAAAAAAAAUGUUCCUUACUGUAACAGUUAUUAUUCCAGAUGUACAAAAUAAACAGUCCGUGAAAUCACAUGUGAAUUUUUCUGAUUCAUUUCACUACAGAUGACGAAUGUUUGUGUCAUGCAUAAUAUUGUUUUAUCAUGUUUUAAUUUUAAAAGUAACUUUUACAGAUAACAUAACUUAUAUUUGAUUUAUGAAGACAUUUUGAUUAUUUGUCUUAAUUGCACAAUUAUAAUAUUCUAAAAUAAAUAAUGUUCUGUUGUGUAAACAGAAUACAAGUGCUUGCCUUAUUGAUUCGUUUUGGGGUAACAAAGUGGUAUUUGUAAAAAUAACGUUAGAAAGUAGUUUGUAUUAGUAGUUUUGUGCCAUAAAGCAGAAGAAUUGAAAAUCUGUAAAACUGUUCUUACCAAAGUACGAUAGUGUUAUUUUGCUAAAAUAUAAUAUUGCCUAAAGGUAGCAAAAUAUUGGUACUGUAAUGUUUGAGCAUAAAUCUAACAAUUAGAAAUAUUUAUUGUUUAACAAUGCUGUCUCAAAUAUUUUAUCAAUAACUAACUGUACACUCCAUAAUGUCAGUAUUACAUUAUUUUACCCAACAACUAGGAUUACAAACAUUAUGGCCAAACAUUGCCACGAAAUAUAUUAUUACUUAAUUUAAUAAUACUAAAAAUAUCUACUUAAUAUAUUAACGAUUAUCUUUGCUGAAGAAUUAUCUAAUUAUUUAUUUGUCAAUUCAAAUAGUUUUCUAGUAUUCAAACCAUCUUCGAUAGAAAGACUGGACAGAGAAAAAUGGAAUUUUGUUUUUUGUCUUGCCAUUAUUGAUGUGUUCUUUUCUAAGCUCCAGUGUGUUUGUUUAAAUUCGUGUUGCAAAUAACUUACAUGAUUUGCAGUUUUAUUUAGUGAAAUUUUGAAUGUAUUGUGUAGUAUUUAUUUUAAAUAUAUAACAAUAAACAAAUACAUCAUAUUAUCAUAUUUUACAUGUUUUAGAGCAAAAAACGUUUUAGAAAAAUGAUUCAUCUUAAGUUAUAUCAAUAUGCAUACUUUUUCUGGAUUUAUAUACAGGGCCUCUGAAAAAAAUGCUGGGAUUUUUUAACAGCUGUUAUUUAAAAAUUAUUCAAGAUAAUUAAACAAUUUAUCAUCAGAUGGAAGAGAAAAGAACAUAUUUUAUUUCAUACCUUAAUACGUUUUGAUGUGACCUGUAUUUCUAGUUCUGCAAAUACAGGGAUGCUACAGGUCAGGGAAAUCAGGGAAGUCAGGGAAAAAAACAGGACUGGAAAUCAGGGAAAAGUCAGGGAAUCCGGUCUCAAGUCAGGGAAAAGUCAGGGAAUUUCGACGUUGGUCAGGGAAAAAUAUAAAAUCCCUUUACACAAAUAAACUUACCGCCGCCGCGCCGAGUCCAAGCCUGCAGACGAUGCCAAAAAUCCUGGGGAUUGCGUUGAAAAAUUUGGUCUGGAAAUCAGGGAAAAGUCAGGGAAUUUCAUUAUUGGACUCCUGUAGCAACCCUGAAAUAUCAAAGUGGUAUUCGAUUUCUCACAAAGUGUAAUGUAGCAUCUCUGGUGUCAUAUUUACGAUUGCUUCCGAAAUUCGCCCACGUAGAUGUGCCAAAUUACGUAAAUUUAUAGCAUAAACAAUGUCUUUACGUAACCUCCCCAAAAAAGUCCAAAGGAGUUAAAUCCAGACUCCUAGGAGGCUAGAGAAUGGGUGCACCCCUGCCUAUCCAACAAUUUGGAUACUUGAUGUCUUAACUGGACUUCGUCGGACAAUCUAUUUUGGGCUUCUGAUGCAAGAUUGUCAGAUUUAUUCUAUUUUGUCAUCACUAGUUUUAGCCGGCCAGUUGAAUGUCCUUUCAGUACACUUCCUGUGUAAUGAAACUGGUUAAACGAUACGAUACUCGAAAACGACACUGCUCACUAACAGUUUAUAUUAACACUGUGCCUUCUGUUGCGCCGUAAACAACGUACUGGCGACUGGCACCAGGGGUGUUGGUCACAAUAGCAUACUGCCGUUGCACAGCUGUUCUGUGCAUGCCAAGGUCAAUGUUUCCUCCCAUGCUACAAGGAAAACAAAAUGUAGUUAUUUCAACUUCAAUUUGAGGUUUAAAUCGUUAAGAUAUCUUGAAUAGUGUUUAAGUAAUGGCCGCUCAAAAAUCCUGGCAUUCUUUUUCAGAAAACCUGUAUACAUACAUAUUAGUUUUUACGUUCUUAAUUAAAUUUAUAACAAUUUAGUUGGCAUGAUCUUCUCCCCCGAAUAAAAUAAAUAAUUAAAAACUAAAUUCAUUC